AUGGCGAAGGCAAUGUGGCCCGACGCAAAACCAACGAUUGCCAUGACGACCAGCUUGAUGAAGUUGCGCUGCACGAGCGGCGCACAUGACGGCGGUGUACAUGACGCCGCAGUUGAUCAGCAGGCCCGUGUAGUGGACGUAGAGCUCCAGCCCGCUGCCGAAGGGGUAGAUGAAGGCGUACGUGAUUUCCCACGCAAAGUUGUUGCACAGCGCCAUCACCGACAUGCUGUACGUGCGGUCCUUGAUGGAGCGCAUAAUCAUGCCGGCGUAGUUGGUCGUCCACCCCAGCCCCAUGAGGAGCUUGCAGAGGUCCGCGAUCCACUUGACCUCCAAGUACUCGGGGGGAGCGCGCGAGAUGUCGUGCCUGUCCAUGUUGGCGACAAGGAUGCGACUGGUGGCAGUGGAGAGGAACGGGAUAUAUUUUUGAGCCCCCGGGUAACUGCGCUGCGAAUUUUUGUCACUGCGCAGACGAUCAACUCGGCCAACUACGCCUAUUUUCUGGCCCAGCAGGAGAUCCUCAAGCUGGAAAACCUGCACGCCUUCGAGAUCUACACGGAGGAGCUCUUGAACCUGCACCGCGGACAAGGGCUGGACAUUUACUGGCGGGACACGUCCCUCUGCCCGACCGAGGACGAGUACUUUAUCAUGGUCUGCAACAAGACAGGCGGGCUUUUCCGACUCGCUGUGAGGCUGAUGCAGCUCUGUGGCAGCUCGGAUCGCGACUAUGUCCCGUUUGUCAACGUUCUCGGCAUCAUAUUUCAGGUUCAGGACGACUACCUCAACCUGCAGUCGGAGCAAUACGCCAAGAACAAGGGCUUUGGCGAGGACCUGAGCGAGGGCAAGUUCUCGUUCCCCAUCAUCCACAGCAUCCGGGGGGAGCGGUCUGGCAGCAUCCAGCUGCGCAGCAUCCUGCAGCAGCGCACCGAGGACGAGGCGGUCAAGCUCUUGGCCGUUUCGCUGAUCGAGCAGUCCGGAUCCUUUGAGCACACGCGCCGCACCGUCGAGCGCCUGGCCCUCGAGGCGAGGCAAGCUCUGGAGGCGGUCGACAGGGGCGACCUAGGCCUCAGGCGGAAGCACGAGCUCGUCGUCGAUCAGAUUCUAAACAUGGUCGGUUUAGAAGGGAGCAAGCUGUUUUCCGACCCGAGCCCCUCCGCCCGGUCCUCUUCUUCCAGGGCUCUCUCGAAUGGAAACUCUGCUUAA